AAAAAUACGACUGGAUGUGGAAUGAUAUGCAUUCUCUCAUAAAUUCGUCAUGAAUUGCAUCCACUACAUACUAUUUUUUUUUUAAUAAUUAAUACACUCGAUUACUGCUGACUACCAAUGUCGAAACAUUGCUGUCAAUUUCCCUCUGUCCUAACACCGUACUAGCGUCCUGUCUGAAGAUGGCACUACUUAUCAUGAUAAUAGCAGUCUGAAUUUCCUAUUUAUGCCGAAAUGACAUGGCCGAGGACAUAAAGACUCUGGAGGAAAACUUCCAGCGGCAAAAUAAAAGCUGUUUCAUCCUUGGUGCCUCUGGGGAAACGGGCAAUAUGUUGCUUCAAGAGCUGCUGAGGCGCAACAUCUUCUCCAAGAUUACUCUCAUCGGAAGGAGACAGCUCACCUUUGAGGACCAAGCAUAUGCAAACCUGGUACAAGAGGUGGUGGACUUUGAGAAGCUUGACGAUUAUGCUGCAGCCUUCCAAGGACAUGAUGUUGGCUACUGCUGCCUGGGAACAACCAAAGCGAAAGCAGGGACUGAAGGAUUCAUCCGCGUUGAUCACGACUAUGUUCUAAAAUCAGCAGAGCUCGCCAAAGCAGGAGGCAGCACCCAAUUCCACCUGGAGUCCUCCAGAGGAGCUGAUAAAAACAGCAACUUCCUCUACCUCAAAGUCAAGGGACAAGUGGAAGCAGAGAUUGAGGCGCUGGGUUUUGACAGAUAUGCCAUUUACAGACCGGGGGUUUUGUUGGUAGAUAGGCAGGAGAGUCGGCCGGCUGAGUGGCUCGCCAGGAAAUUCUUCAGUGCUCUUUCUGCUGUGUCUUCUACGUCCAUGGCCAUCUCAAUCCAAGCGGUGGCGAAAGCGAUGGUGGCAAACACUCUGCUUCAACCUGAGCAGAAGACGGAGAUCCUGGAGAACAAAGCCAUCGCCAGUCUGGGAAAGAGUGCAGAGACAUAAGAGAAGGCAGGAAACAAACUGAGAGGUCAUUUCAACAGAUAUACAGGAGGACUACAUACUGCAAACACUACUUACAUCAUCAUUAUCAUCAUCCUCAUGAUGUCAAAGGAUUUUCACAUUACUUAAUCUUAAAAUUGUAUUUGGGUUUCAUUUCUUGGGUCUUAAAAUGAUUAUAUUUUCAUCAGGGAACUGUUGCAAGACUUUUGGAUGUGCACAUUUGUGCUCGGAGACAACCCACUGAACAACUUCCUUAAAGUAAAUGCUUGAAUUUAUUUUACACCAGAUUAAAAUAUUGGAUGUCUUUAACCUUUUCAUUAAAAUAUUAUGAAUAUUUAA